AUGUACAUACAAAUGAAGAGGGGAUACACAUACAUUAUCACCCUUUUAUUAUUUUGUUCCUUAUAUUUUGGCUCUUUGUACUUUGUUUCUAAAACAUCAAACUCGACUGUUCCUUAUGUAAAUUCAAUAUUAGAAGACAAGAACUGUCCAAACAGUAGUGAUAAUACCACCCCUAUUGAACCUACAUUCAAUACAACCGAGCAAGUAAAAAGAGAAAAGGCAGUCAUUGUCAUCCUGGUUAGAAAUAAUGAACUACGACCUAUGAGAAGAACACUUCGAGAAUUUGAAGAUCGCUUUAAUCGAAAGUAUAAUUAUCCCUAUGUUUUCUUAAAUGAUGAGCCAUUUACAGACGAAUUUAAACAAAGUAUUUCAGCCUUGACAAAUGCGGAAUUAAAGUUUGGACUUGUACCCAAAGAGAUGUGGUCUGUACCAAACCAUGUUAAUGAAACUGUGAUGUAUAAUUCACUCUAUGACUAUGCAUCUCGUAAUAUCAUGUAUGGUGGAUCUCUUUCUUAUAGACACAUGUGUCGAUUUAACUCGGGUUUCUUUUAUAAGCACCCCCUUUUACAACAAUACGAUUAUUAUUGGCGUGUUGAACCUGGCGUUCACUUUUAUUGUGACCUUGAUUAUGAUCCCUUUACUUUUAUGAGGGAAAAUGGAAAAGAAUAUGGAUUUACAAUCACUCUAAAGGAAAUACCAGAGACUAUACCAACUUUAUGGGAUCAUACUAUCAAAUUUGCUCAUCAACAUGAGUUAAAUACUACCUUACUCCGUUUCUUUGGUUCUCCAGAAGGUGGUUAUAACUUGUGUCAUUUUUGGUCAAAUUUUGAAAUCGCAAGCUUAAACUUGUGGAGAGAUCAGAGAUAUGAAGACUAUUUUAACUACCUGGACAGUACUGGUAACUUCUUUUAUGAAAGAUGGGGUGAUGCUAUCGUGCAUAGCCUAGCCGCUGGUUUAUACUUGAACAAGUCACAAGUUCAUUUCUUUAAUGAUAUCGGAUACAAGCAUGAUAACUUUGCUCAUUGUGUUGAUGAUGGCGUACUUGGUAAAUGCAUUCUUUUUUUUUAUAAUGAUGGGUACUGCCUUAAUCGCCCAUGGCAUUUAGCCAUGGGCAUCAUCUGUCUUCUGUAUGGUCUUGGAUUCUUGAUUUUUUGA